GUUUUCACCUCUAUCCUCGUAUCCGUCUACUUUUUACAACGACUCUUCUAAAACAACAUAUCGGGCACAACCCAAUAUGUCAUCUCCCAUCGCAAACCGCGUCUCCCAGCUUAAAUCCAUCGCUAGAUCCUUCCCUCGCUCUCCGCUCUCCGAACCCACCCAAAUUUCGGAAGCCUGGAUAUCAAUCCUCGACCGUACACUCGCGUCCGAUGCCGCUUCUGCUUCUUUUCAAGCAAACUCUAGUCAAGCAACUCUUGGAGCAUUGCGGGAAGCGGGACAACAGCAGCGUUUAAUGCAGUUCAAGGCCGCUGUGGAACGGCUGAAGGCUGGAAAUGCUAUGCGAGACUAUCCCCUAUCGAAAUCUCUCCUUACUCCUCCCAACGAUGAACUGUUUUACACACGAGCGAGAAACGCCAUUCACAACGCAGAGCAGGGUAUUCGAAGGCCGUGGUGGAAGGUUUUCUUCAACGUGAAGGGUGCGGAAUAAAUAUUUUGUACUUCGGAUAAACCUGUAUUGUAUUACCAUUGCAUUAUCGAAGCUGGAUGAGGGUCAAAAUCAGUUAAAAAAGCAAAAUUUCGGCAGAGUGUGGACCAUCUUUUGAUAUACAGUGUGUAUUGUGGACGGCGUCACACAGGAUAAACUAAUUACAGGGGUAUACAUUAUUUUUGACUGAUGCGAUACAU